AUGGCCAAGAAAAAAGGAGACGAGAAAGUGAACCAGCAACCUCAAAGUGAUAAUGAGGAGCCAAAUUUUGACGAGGAGCCUGACUUCGACGAUCCAGAGGGUUAUAUUGACGAUAUUCCUGACGAAGAGUUGUUGGCCGACCUUUUAGAGCAGAAACCGAAGGAAUCAGACAGUUAUGAGAACGUGGUCGUCGUCGACGGGUGCCCGCAGGUCGGACCCGAGCGACUGGAAAAGCUCCAGAGUGUCAUAAACAAGAUAUUUAGUAAAUUCGGGAAGAUCGUCAACGAGUAUUAUCCGACUUCUGAGAAUGGAACCACUACUGGUUACAUUUUCCUGGAGUACAGCAACCCUCAGAAUGCCGCUGAAGCUGUGAAGGCAACAAAUAAUUGUAAAUUAGAUAAGCAGCACACAUUCUUGGUGAAUUUGUUCACCGAUUUUAAGAAAUAUUCAGAUAUCCCUAAAGAAUGGGAGCCACCAGCACCUCAACCAUUCAAGGUCCAAUCAGACCUGCAAUGGUACCUGAUGGAUCCUGAUGCAUAUGACCAGUUCCUGGUUGGCAUCGGUACUGGAGUGGCGCUCCAAGUGUGGCAGAAUGCACUGCCAGAACCAACUUUAAUGCAGGAGAGACCUAACUGGACGGAGACUUACGCCGUGUGGUCGCCAUUAGGAACGUACUUAGCGACGUUCCACUGGAAGGGUGUGGCCCUAUGGGCUGGCCCUAAGUUCUCCCAGUUCCAGAAGUUCUUCCACCCUGAAGCUCGGUUCAUCUCCUUCUCCCCAUGUGAAAACUAUAUUGUUACUUUCUCACCGACUGGUGACAGGGGUGAAGAUAAGAAACUCAUUAUCUGGGAUAUUAGGACGGGUCUAGAAAAGCGUAGUUUCCCACCACCGGACGAGUACGUCACCUGGCCCGUGUUCCGUUGGAGCAAGGACGACAAGUAUUUCGCCAGGCUCGGCCAGGAUAUGCUCUCCGUGUACGAGACGCCUAGCUUCGGUCUACUCGACAAGAAGUCCAUCAAAAUACCAGGAAUCAGAGACUUCAGUUGGUCACCCACUGACAACACUGUAGCGUAUUGGGUAGCGGAAGACAAAGAUGUACCAGCUAGGGUAACACUUCUAGAACUCCCCAACCGCACUGAAGUGCGCUCCAAGAACUUGUUCUCUGUAGCUGACUGCAAGAUCCACUGGCAGAAGAGUGGAGACUACCUCUGUGUGAAAGUAGACCGUUACUCUAAAGUUAAGAAAGACAAAAAUGAAAUCAAGUACUCAGGAAUGUAUUACAACUUUGAAAUAUUCCACAUGAGGGAAAAGGAGAUCCCGGUAGACUCGGUAGAAAUUAAGGAGCCCAUUCAAGCAUUUGCCUGGGAACCAGUUGGUUCCAAGUUUGCUAUUAUCCAUGGUGAUCCUGCUAACAUCUGCAUUAGUUUCUAUCAAGUGAAUACUGGUCAGGCACCGACUUUGUUGAAGAAGUUCGAGAGGCAACCCUUCAAUCACUUGUUCUGGUCUCCAUCCGGACAGUUCAUUGUUCUUGCCAACCUUGGACUCACUGGAGGUGCCCUGGAGUUCUUAGACACUAAUGAUUUCACUAUCAUGAAUGUCUCUGACCAUUACCAGAUGUCUGGAAUUGAAUGGGACCCGACUGGUCGCUUCGUAGUGACUGGCGUGUCAUCACUCAAGAGCAAGAUCGACACUGGUUACUACAUCUGGUCCUUCCAGGGUAAAAUAUUGAGAAGAGUAAUGAAAGAGGGCUUCGCGCAGUUCAACUGGCGGCCCAGGCCUCCGACGUUGCUCUCGGAGAAACAGCAGAAGGACAUUAAGAAGAAUCUUAAGAAAUAUUACUCACAGUUUGAGUCUAAGGACCGUAUGCGCAGUAGCAAAGCUAGCAAGGAAUUGGUGGCUAAGCGUACUGAGCAGAUGAAGAAACACGUGGAGUACCGCGAGGCCAAGGUGCAGGAGUGGAACGAGCAGAAGCCACGCAGGCUUGAGCUCAGGAAUUACGUUGAUACAGACGGUAUCGACGCGGACUCGACGGCGACGACGGUGGAAGAAGUAGUAGAAUUUUUCGUGAAAGAAGAACAAACGGUCAUCGAGUAG